ACUUGGCUUCCCGGGGAAUGAAACUGCCCUAGUUUCCAGAUCGUAAGAACUCUGCGCUGCGAUGGCGGAGCCCAGUAAUCCCAGAAACACCCAGAUCAUCCUGCGAAAUACGAUAUAAUCAGAGAAGAAGAACCCGGAUACGGAUUGUUCGAAUGUUGCAAAGCAAUGUUCGCCAACAGAAUCUCCUACACUUUCGAUUGGAUCGGUCCCGGUGUAGUGUUAUGUAAAACAUCCUCUGGAUGUCUUCUGGACAUGUGUGUUGUUAGGGUAAUAGCCCUGUCGUAAAUGUACGAGGUGUGACUAUAAAAUAACUGGAUUAUAAUGUUCUAAAAUUUUUUAUUCGAUAAAUUACACAAUGGAAAUGUUAUCACCUUUAAUGUAUCCCCUUCCCCGAUUUUUACACCGCUUCAUGCGAAUCUUCCAUUAUUGGAAGUAAUGUUGCAGGUCUUCUUCUGAUAGCUUUUGUUCACGAGCUCCAUCGCUUUUGCCUUCACUGCAUCUACGGACUCGAUACGGGUUCCUUUUAAUUGACUUGAUUUCUGGAAAUAAAAACAAGUCACACGGGGUUAGGUCACGUGAGUAUGGUAGAUGUUUCAACACAAGGAUCUUGUUCAUCUUGUUCAGCUUUGCCAAAAACGAGUUGACAGACAGCGCGUUGUGUGCCGGCGCACAUGUCGUCAUUAUUCCGACAAAGCUCAGGUACACAGUCCGCUUCAAACAAAGGCUACUUCCGAAAUAUUGGUCGCACGUGCUUGGAAGUGUAAUGAUAGAUAGAGGGGAGAGCACAGACCAAUAUCCCACCUUGCUCGCUGUUGCCGAGGACACAGGAAACCGGCAAAAAAAAUCAGUCCGAUUAUUUUCUAGCCACGCCUCUAUAGUAUAUAAACACCAAUCACUUUUUAUAUAUUUGGCAACAGCGAUAUUAUCGUGCAAUUCGAUUAUUAUGUAAGUAUUAUUAUAAAAUUAUUCGUGGAGUGGGAAAAACAUAAAAGCGACAAUGUGAGUUGACAGUGUUUGCACACGAGCUAGUAACGUUAACGCAAAAUAACAUAUUAAUAUUUUGCUAUUAUUGUCGAGUAUAAUGGCAUUCGCAAGUGUUGUGUUAUUUUCUUUGGUAUGGAUCGCCAUAAGUUACUUCGUCUGUAAUUUCCGUCGGUUGGUUUCCAUUAAAAUGAUAAACUCUCUGCCCGGUCCAAAGGCAUUGCCGCUUGUCGGAAGCGCCUUCUAUUUCCUACUGAAGAAUCCUGAUGAAAUUUUGUUUUCUCUACUUAAGCUUGUGAAAAAUUACUCGUCCCCUUUCCAAGUUUGGAUAGGCAACAAGCUAUUUAUUGGAAUAUACGAACCGGAUCAAAUAAAGACUGUCUUACAAAAUAGGCAUUGCUUGAAUAAGGGUGUACUGUAUAAAUUUAUUGAAUCAGUACUUGGCAAGACAUCAUUGCUGACGGUUCCUGCAUCCAUAUGGACUAAGAAUCGAAAAAUAUCAGCACCAAGUUUUAAUACAAAUAUGUUACGAGGCUUUUUCGAUAUAUUUGUCGAACAAUCUUUAAUAUUUGCAGACAGAUUAGAAAAAAUCGGAUUAAAGGAAAGAGAGAUUGAAUUAUUCGAACCUAUUUCACUGUGUACUAUGACCAUUGCAUGUAACACUAUACUAGGCGUCAACUUGGAUUCACAAUCAGACAUAAUCAGGCAAUGUUGUGAAAUAAUAAUGAGUUGCAAAAGAAGUUUAAGCUACAGAUUCAAGAAUAUAUUCUUGUAUUCUAAUAUUAUAUUCAAUCUCACUGCUUUCGGACGCAAACAACAAGAAAGUUUAACCUGUUUCUAUUCCUUCGUGGAUGAGAUGAUACAGCAGCGGCAAUAUUCAUUAAAUAAAUCGAAUACAGCGGAGACUAACAAUAAGAAUAAAAUAACUCAUAAGGCAUUUUGCGACAUUCUCUUGAAAGCAUCUCAUAAGGAAAAACUCACGCAAGAGGAUAUUCACGAUAACGUAAUUACGAUGCUUGUAGCGUCCGCCGACACAACCGCUAUUACGAUAAAUUUUGCGGUCUUCAUAUUCGCGAACUUUCCGGAGAUACAAGAAAAAGCAUAUAAGGAAUUGUUGGAGAUUUACGGCAUGGAAACUCCUAGAUCCGUACCAGUUAAAUACGAGGAUCUACAACACAUGGACUAUUUGGAUCGCGUUAUUAAGGAAACGUUGCGGUUAUUCCCUAUAGUGCCUGUAAUCGCACGACAAUUGACUGAAGAUAUAAAAAUGGGAAAGAUUAUUUUACCGAAAGGUGCUGAUGUUGUUGUAGCAUUAGGAAAGGUGCACCGGAAUAAAAGGUAUUGGCCAAAUCCAUUAGUGUUUGACCCGGAUAGAUUUCUUCCAGAAAGACUGGAAAACUCUGAUUGUCAGUCAUCAUAUUAUUAUAUGCCUUUUAGUAACGGGCCUAGAAAUUGCAUAGGUAUGAAAUAUGCAAUGAUUUCCAUAAAGGUUAUAUUAGCUACUUUGAUACGAACAUUCGUAUUCAAAGUAGAUGAAAGUAUCGGAAUCGAUAAGAUAAAAUUAAAGCUUGAGGUUCUACUGUCUCCUAUUGAACCUCUGAAAGUCAAAAUUGAGAAGCGGAAUUUUCUAUCAGAAAGAAUAUAACGUACAAAUAUAUUAAACCAAAUAUAUGAUAUUUUUGUGUAUAUAAUAUUCCGCAUAUCGUUACAUUAGUCAAUAUUAAUGUAUAUAUCAAUAGUAUGACAUUUUCUCAAUUAAUUAUGUAAAAUAAAGUGAUGAAUUAUA